AUGUCGUCACUGGCCAAGCCAUCAGGUGCUGCCACGACGCCUUUGCGCAGUCUGCCACAAAUGUCGUCAAUGCGCAGGGAGUUUGUCUUGAGCCCUAUAACGGCGCUGGCCUUUUACACAUCGACUACCGAUGGCCGGCUGUAUUUGCUUGCCGGCGAGGACAAUCACGUCAAGGUGUACGAUGUGGAGACGUCAGAGUUUCGCGGCGACGUUGGUCUGUUUGCAGCCCAAUCCGUGCACGGUAUUGCCGUGAGCAAGGCGGGUGGCGGCAGCGGAGACGAAAAGAAGCAGCAAAGAAUUUUGGUCUGGGGCGGCUUUUCCGUGGCGAUCCUGCCGAUUGAUUUGGUCGAGGCCGUCAUUUCUGAUCAGGCAGGUCAGGAGUUGACGCGACCUGUGGUGGUGGUGGAGGAAGCUUCCGACUGGGUCUUUGAGGGCAUCAUCUCUCCCUAUGCGCCAGAUGAGCUAGCGCUGCUCACGGCACAUAAUGAUCUAAUCAAGGCGCGUUAUGAUGAAGAUUCAGGGAGAAUCGUGUUCUUGGAGACUGUAUCACCAUCACGGCCCAUCCUCUAUUCUGGAAACUUGUCCUGGGAAGAGCCGGACUGCAUCCUGGUGGCCGCUGGCACGGUUUUUGGCGAGAUUGUCGUCUGGAAAUACUCCACGAUAUCUUCCAAGAGCCAAGAGUCUCCUUGUGAGAUUCUUUUUAUCUUUUCUGGCCAUGAGGGGUCUAUCUUCGGUGUUCACGUUUCGCCCAUUAUUCAUUUGGAGACGGGCGAAAGCCUACGGUUGUUGGCCAGUUGCAGCGACGACAGGACGAUCCGAAUCUGGGACAUUACGGAUCCGCAGGACUUGUCAACUGGUACACGCGAGGAGUACCAGCGUAAGAUUUUGGCGGUACGGCAAACGGGAUUCGGAGACAGUAUUGAGGAGAGCUCGACGGACGAGUCUGCGGCUCGGUGUCUUGCCGUGGCAAUGGGUCAUAUAUCGCGGAUAUGGCAGGUCGAGUUUCCCCUGAGACAACCACGACUCUCCUCUUCUUCUAUUGACCUCUGGUCGUUUGGUGAGGAUGCGACCGCACAGAAAUGGUCUCUAUCAUUAGGCACUUCACAUCCUUCGACCAACGGUGGGGACAAGGCACAGGUCCCUGAUUUGCCCACGCGUACAAGAGGACAAUUGAAGAACGAGGCAAUCUAUGCCAACCAUAACGGGAAGAACAUCUGGUCCCAUGCGAUAAGGACCGACGAUUCCGGUCAAUUACUAGUCGUGACCGGGGCUUCUGAUGGCAAAUUAUCAGUGAUUGGAAGUUGCCACAGAGUCACGGAGGGAAAAACACUCGAGGAAAUGCCAGCAAUGCCCGAGGUUGUUGAACUCGAUGAAGAGUCGACUGUGCCCCAAGAAGAGGCAACUGCGACACCAACAGAAAAUAGCAUUUCGCCAAUGCAUCCUGACUCAUAUCCAAGUGGUGAAGACGCAAGCAAGAAUCCCACCCCAAAAACGUCAAAGCCAACUAAGAAGAAGAAGAAAGUCAAGAAGCCAACCAAGGACUUUUUCAACAGAUAUGCGUUGUUGUCUGACAACACUAUCCUCACCUCGACCAAAAACGGGCGGUUUUUUAUAGCAAAUGCAACAAAAAACUCUUCCUGGGAACAAUUAUAUCUGCCAGACCAUCUUAGAGACGCCUCAUCAACUUAUGCAGUAAUCAAGGGCUCCUUUGAUGCGUCUACUGCAUAUGUAGGCACAGCUGAAGGCAAUGUGUUUGUGUACCGCAGUGGCGGUUCUUCCAAACUUGAGCAUGUUGCUAGCGUACAUGGCAAAGUUUCUGAUAUAUUUUCGCUUACGUCUUCACCAAAUGUGAGUCCCUCAGUGCAGGUACGCGAGGAAAACGCAACCCAGGGGAAACCUGUGGAGCAUCAUAGAUCAAAAGUUCUAGUCACAGUCCUCGGAAGCGACAGCGCUUCGCUUCUCGGGUUUGAUGAAACAUCUGAAUCGGAGAGCCCAAAGCAAGUACAUAUACCAGUGGACAGACGUUUCAUUGUUACAUCAGCAGCCACUCAUAAGAAUCUGGUGGUCUUGGGCUCAAGAACAGGCUAUAUAUCAGUACUUGAAUCUGCCGAUGACAAAGUAUAUGAGGUGAAAGCAUCAGUCGAGCCAAAGACAAACGACUGUGUCACUUCCAUCACAUUUCUCCCGCCAAAAGCUAACGAAGGCUCUGUGAACUUUCUGACCACGAGUCGCGAUGGAAAAUUCCGGAUUUACACACUAUACAAAAACCAAGAGUCAUGGCAUGUGACACUGAUCCAUGAAACGUCUCCUCCGUUUGGGCCCAUCAUCGAAGGGGCCUCGUUAGCCCCCAGUGAUGACGAGGGCGGCCUCGACUUGAUUCUCUAUGGAUUUCGUAGCACGAAAUUUAUUGUUUGGAAUGAAACCCAACGCCGAGAGAUUGCCUCGAUCGAGUGUGGCGGAGGACACAGAACAUUUGUCUAUGAUGCUGUACAGAGUGCCCUGGGCGACUUUCGACUCGUUUGGACACAAGCAUCACAGCUAUGUUUCUUCUCCCAAUCGCACGCCUCCCACAGAGCACUCAAGUCGGGAGGACAUGGCCGAGAGAUCAAGGCUGUCGCUGCUUCUGGAGAUCUCGUGGCCACCGCGGCCGAAGAUACCACCAUACGGAUAUGGAGCUACGCGAACCAGGGCCAAGCUCAAAACGCAGAGACGUCCAUGCGGUGCCUGGCCGUGCUUGAAAACCAUACUGCCGGCAUCCAGAGCAUGAAGUGGCACAAGCAAAGCCACUUGUUCAGCAGCGGAGGAAACAAGGAGUUCUUCGUAUGGAGGCUUAGCCAGCUCAGCUCCGCUUACCGCGGCCUGGCGGUAAAGUGCGAGGCCGUCUACCCCGACCGAAGCGACGACAUUGAUCUGAGAAUCAUGAAUUUCGACGUGUCCUGCGUGGACGACACAACGACAUCUUUGCACGGCCCAUCCUUUCUCAUCACCAUGGCCCUGUCCAACUCAACAUUGCUGACCUAUGCCUAUUCCGAGACGGCAGGCUUCCAGCUCGUGGCUAAAGGGUCCUACACGGGCGCAUGCAUGACGCAGGUACAACAUCUCCAUGUGGACGACGCCGCGAUACAGGUCCUGACAACCGCCACCGACGGCUACGUGGCCGUCUGGGAAGCGGCGGCACCCCUUGUCGACGCAUCUUCUUCAUCCCACGACGUGGUCGCCGAAUUCCGCACCAGUCUCGUCACCAGGCUCCACCAGAGCACCAUGAAGUCGCUCGAUAUCAAGACAUUUCCCAGCGGCGCGGACGAUGAUGGCGGGACUUCGUACCUCGUUGCCACGGGCGGAGACGACAAUGGCAUCGGCGCCAUGCACCUCUACCGCAAUGGCGCCUCUGGCCGCUUCGCCGUCCGGUCAAAGUCCAUGGUCAGGUCGGCCCACGCCGCAGCCGUGACGGGCAUUGGGUUCCUGAGCCUCGGCGCCGAGGGGACGGUGGCGGUCCUGGCCAGCUGCAGCAAUGACCAGCGCGUCAAGAGGUGGGAAAUCGCGGACGCGCUGGGCGAGAGGCCACGGUUCAGGCUUCUGGAUAAUCGCUACAGCGCCAUUGCCGAUGCGGGUGACUUGGAGGUUCUCGAUGAGGCGGAAAGCUUUGUGGUUGGCGGUGUUGGUCUGGAGAUCUGGGCUACGUGA